AUGCCGAGCUGUGAGCGUAUGCCGCUGCAUCGGUUUCACAGCCGAGAGUCGCGACUUUACUCGGAGAAUUGUGUGCGGGAGCUGACACAUGGCAAACAGUUUCAAGCGUACACGACUCACGUUGAGUACAACGAGCACCUUCAAUUGUCUUGGUUCAUCGCCCCAAUUGGUAUAAUGAUUGCUUUCUACUAUCAUUUAUUGUUCCUGUUCCACGACACAUACUCGGCGCUUGCAGAUGGAGCUGUUGUCACUGCUCCUUGCUUCUUCACCACAACGCUGCUCUUGGUAUUCUUCGUUGCACCUUGUGUUGUGAUUGCGCCAUUCGCGGGAUUUUUUGAACUCAUCUCACGGAGGCGGGCUUUAAGCCUCUUGGGUUUCUUCACAUGCAUCAAUAUUGCUGUGGUUUCAUUUGGCGGUAAGUGGCUUCACCACCCGCCGUACUUGAUCAGCGACCCGCCUGUGCCGUUACACACCAGCAAGGUCUCUGCGGCGUGGCCGCUGGUGAAGGUGGUGCUGGUGCGGGCGCUUCCACUGCAAGGAGCUAUUGUUGCCGGAUGGCUGGUGCAUGUGUGGCGAAGCAUGCGGUGGGAUUGUUCGUGGCGUGUGCCGCUGCCUCUUCUAACAAUUCCUGCUUUCAUCGGAGCCUUUGCCUGCUUCUGGUUCCGUGCUGUGAGUCUCCUCACUGCCUCCGUGCUUCUUGAGGAGGAGCUGGACGUCACUGGCGCUGUCGCGGGCGUGGUGGCUGUUAUGAGGCGGGACGUGCUCGACAUGGUCACGGGACGCACAUUUCCCACAGCGUUCACCGACGCUGGCGAGCGCUACCAAGUGUGGUGCACCGCCCUCGCGCUGGCCGUGCUGUACUUCGUAGGCAUGCUGCUUCCGGCGGCGUGUGGCGCUGCGGGCGGCAUCCGCUGGCUGCUCCCCACGCACCCGACGACGUGGGGUCUCACGCUCACCGCAUGCCUUGCUGGACUUUCGGCGGUGACGUUAGGGGACCACGGCAGCGUGGCACAUCUGCUGGGUUUGCUCGUAGUCGUAGGCAUGCUGCUGUACAAUGGCGUUGCGCUUCCACUGUGA